UUCAGGACACCUACGUCGCAAUUGUUCCACUCCGUCCAGCUCGGUUUGUUUCAAGCGUCUAUCUCCCAACCAGGAUGCAGUUGUGGAAUACUGUCCUCCAGCUCGGUUUGCUGGCUUUUACUGCCGCCCCGACCGCAGCGGCAUCUGCGUGGGGGUUUACUGAUGCCACCGUGUCAGUUCAAACCAAGGGAGCUGGAGUCGGUUCUGGAUUGAAGGAAAAUAUUCCUGACAACAAGGCCCUCACCAAGCCCGUCUCCCUCGGAAGUGCCGACACCUUGAAGGUGACUCUCACAGCCCGCGAAGGCAGCUCCGGAAGACGCGCGCACCAGGUUUUCCUCCUCCUCCAAGACCCGGAGACUGGACUCGACAUCUCUUAUCCCUUUAAUGUGAAGGAGAAUGGCAAAUCGAGGGUUGAGCUGACUCAAAUGGACCUUCCUGUUCAAUUCCUCUCCUUGGCUGAGCCGCUUGAUGCAAAGCUCUUGAUCGGGUCUUUUGGCAGCGCGGAGGCCUACAAUGGCGCUGCGUUCAAGUUGGCCGUUACCCGGAACCCCGAUCAGCCAGUCCCAACUGUUGAGGUCUCAAGAUACGGAAAGCUUCCUGAGAUCCACCACAUCUUCAAGGAAGAUCCCCGAAGCCCGCCGAUUGUCAUCACUCUUGCGUUUGUGGCGAUGGUGCUUGGCACUCUUCCCGUUCUUGCGGGUGUGUGGCUAUUCCUCGGCGCCAACGUUUGCCACCUUCCUAAGGCUUUGAAGGCAUCUCCCGUUUCUCAUGGUGUCUUCCUCGGCUCUCUUCUCUCGAUCGAAGGCAUCUUCUUCCUGUACUACCAGUCCUGGACACUCUUCCAGAUCCUUCCUGCGGUCGCCGUGGCUGGCACGGUCGCAUUCAUCAGUGGCAGUCGCGCUUUGGGUGAAGUGCAAGGCAGACGCCUUGACGGUCUUCGGUAAAACCGGCCGGUACUGGGUUUACUGGCAAAAUCUUCGAUGCGACUGAAUACUGUCUUCUGUAUUGUUUUCUAGAUUACUGUAUCAGCCUCCGUUUCCAGCAUAUGUAGCAGAGUUCCUAAGCAAGCCAAUAGAACAGACACGCACUUUGUAUUUCCG